CAUGCAAUGAGUUUUUUCUUGAUAAUAUCUAUAAGCUUUGACACAAAAUAUUUAUCCUUAAAGUAUAAGAAAUUCAAAUUGGUUGAAUAUGAAUCAUACACCCAAAAGGAGUGGUAAAUACUAAAAAAGACUUGACGUUAUCAUAAUAAAAAAUCGAACUGAAUUAAUUCAUUGAGAAGCGGAAGUUUUUUUAAACUUGAAUAUAAGUUUAAACAUUUCAAUUUUAACUGGGCAGAGACUUAUAUGAACUCACCAUGGAAGGACCAAGACUUUAUCUAGUUUUAAAUUUGUUGUUCCUUUGCUGUUUAUAUAAUCAAACAGAAGGGCAGAAUGCUACAUCCGAAAACAUCACUACAGUUACCACAACAACAUCUACCCAAAUCCCCACAACCACAUUUGUUGUGGCGCAGCGGAGCAAUAUGUUCGGGUUAAGUGACACGGAGUAUUCUAUUCUUAUCAUCGUUGUCUGUCUGGUCGUCUUCUUCUGCGUUGUCGUCUGCAUUUGUUGGUGUAUAUGCUGGUGCUCCUGUUGUCGUAAAUUACGACAUAGACAUGUCGAUCAUGUCUCAAAUAGUGUUGAACAUGAGUAUUACAGACACAAACCCCCUCGAGAACCUUCAGAAUAUGGUUAUAAGAGUAGUGAGGGAACUUAUGACGACUUUCACAGAAAUGCUCAAGAUAGUGAUCGUGGAAGGCGAUAUCAUAACCACGGGGCAUUAUACAGAAGUGACCGAUAUAGUGCUAGUAGGUACGGCAGCGAAACAAGUGGUAGAUAUGUCAAAAGCAAUCGCAAAAGCGAAGACAGUUACACUGGACGAUCACGCAGUUACGAUGAUAACCGGAGUCGAACAGACGACAGUCACUCAGAACGUACCUAUCAUACACGUGAACGUGGCGACCAUCCCGAUGCAGAACCAAGACACGUGGUUGAAACGCGCGAAGUUGAACAAUACGUUGCCCCGUCUGAGUCUGAGUUCCCCCGAUCUGAGGUAGCACUCCCUGUUGGUCAGGUUCUCUAUGGUGACUCUCAAAUGGUUUAUCCCCAAGCUAUAGCAACAACACAAACUGUGUAUCCUCAGUACGUCGGUGGGGUUGCCCCAUACACUACAAGUAAUUCUGGGUUCAUGUCCGGUUAUGUCUACACAAGCUAAGAUUGAAAUGUAUUGAUAGUACAUGCAAGAGUCGAUAGCACAUGCAGAUCCGAUAGCACAUGCAAGAGUCGAUAGCACAUGCAGAUCCGAUAGCACAUGUUAGAAAUGAUAGCGCAUGCAAGUGGAAAAAACAUGACUGGAAUGCGGUUUUGUGUUACGUGAAAGGAAAUGAUAGCUUCUUUCAUAUGUAUGUAACACUGAACAAAUGAUAUUAUUAUGAGAAUGGUGUGUACCAUUUUAACGUUUUCAAUACGUUGAUUAAGAGAAUAUUUAUGGAACAAAUGCAAUAAAAAAUAAUUUUACAAUUGUUGUGUAAAAUUAGGGGACUACUAAUAUUUUCAAUAUAGACAACUGAUACCAUUCGCACAGGUGACUUAUAAUUUUGAACUUGGAUUCAUUUUUGUUUGAAUUUCCGAUCAUAACUGCUGAAUGUUUAUUUUUCAAUUCAUGAACGUGUAUUCGAAUUAUUAUUUGUAUAUAACGUAUUAAAACUGCAAUUGUAAAUAACAUACAAUAACAAACACAUUAAUAUUGU